CAUCAACCACUCCACAUAUUUAUAUAUUAACCUCCAUAUAGCUUUGCCAACAAACCCAACAAUCUUUGAAAACAAAUUUCAUUUUAUAUUUUAUAUUUUAUAUUUUAUAUUUUAUAUUUUAUAUUUCUUGGGGUCGUUUGAUCUUAAUUGUUAUUAGAGAGAGAUUUGUAUGUGUUUGUUAAUGGCGAGCAACACUAAUAAGGGUAAUAAUCAGAAGACAAAGAUGAGUCUUGUGUUGUCAACAGAUGCUAACCCUAGAUUAAAAUGGACUUGUGAGCUUCAUCACAGAUUCGUCGAAGCCGUUAAUCAGCUCGGUGGACCUAACAAGGCAACACCUAAGAGUUUGAUGAAGGCUAUGGAGAUUCCUGGGCUUACCUUGUAUCAUCUCAAGAGCCAUUUACAGAAAUAUCGACUAGGAAAGAGCCUGAAGUUCGAUGAUAACAGGCUAGAAGUUUCAUCAGCUUUAGAAACCCAAGAAGCUGAGAGUGGAAACUAUUCUAGAGAUUUCAAAGGCAGUGUCAACGAAGAAAACAACCAUCCAGCUAACGAAAGCUUGAAGAUCACCGAAUCCUUACAACUGCAGACGGAAGUUCAGAAGAAACUUCAUGAACAUAUCGAAAUCGUUCAGAGGAAUUUGCAAGUGAAGAUUGAGGCACAAGGCAAGUAUUUACAGUCAGUACUGAUAAAAGCUCAACAAACUCUCGCUGGCUACACAUCUUCCACUCUUGGCAUGGACUUUGCAAGAACCGAGCUCUCGAGAUUUGCUUCACUGGUGAAUCCGAGUUCUUCGUUCUCGGAGCUGACGCAGGUGGAAGAAUACGAAGAAGAAGCAGAGGACGCACAAGAAAGUUUCUUGUAUCGCAAGAAAACAGAAACUAGAGGAAUUAGACUGCUGAGAUGUUCAGUUGAGAGCUCCUUGGCAUCUUCAGAAAGAUCAGAGACGAAACUGAAUAAUGAUAAUGAUGAGAAACAAUUGGUGGAGCUUCCGUUGAUGGAGAUCAAAUCAGAAGUGAUGACGGACAAGAAGAAGAGAAACCAUAACGACGUCGUUUGCAUGGAAUGUCAACUGCUAAAGAAGAUAGAUUUUGAAGUUGAUGAUGAUGAGCAGGAGUUGAAGUUGAGUUUGAAUAGUUACAAAAAAAAAUAUGGGGACGUGCCCGACCGAACAUAGGACUUGAGUUUGAGAAAUAUACGUUUUAUUAAAGAUCUAUAAAUGGUUUUCAAAAAACUCCUAUUAUA